AUGGACACGUGCAUCGACGGUCGCUUCGAGCGACUGGAAAAGGCUCUGUCCAACUUGAUCGACUCCGUCACCAAGUACCACCCCUCAGCCAUCCAGGCCGAAGAGCUCAAGGCCGCCGACGAGCACCUGAGCCAAGGGCUGGAACAAGUCCAGACCCAUCAGAACAACCAUCUCCGCAUCCAGCGGCUGCGGAAAACAUCCUCUGCCCUCGACGCCCAGAUCCGCGACACCCUCACCAGCCUCGCCACCACGCGCAAGGACAUCGUCACCACCCACACGGCCAAGUUCCCCGCCGAGCCAAACCACCCCGUCGCCUACGAGGAGCUCCUCCGCUACGCGCGCCGCAUCAGCAAAACUACCCUGCCCCCCGCCGUCACCAUCAACGGCGGCGGCGGCUCGCCCUCUCCCGAAACGCAGACGCCCAUGCCCGAACCGCAGCCCCAGUCCGCCGUGACGCCCUCGGCACGAACCCCGUCCCUGACGCAGAGCCCCGUCGCAAACGGAACGUCGCAGCACGUCGUCUCUGAUCCCUCGACGCAGCAGACCCUUACGUCCAUGAACACGAGCCUCCCCGAGGGCAUGAGCCAGUAUCUCAACCCCCUCUCGGGCCAGCUCUUCUUCCCCUGGCCGCCCGAGGACAAGAUCCGCUCCGGCUCUUUGGCGUCGUACCAGAUCCUCGCCGAGCAGGGCAUCGACCCUCGCAACUACGACCCCGCAACCGAGGAGGAGCGCAAGCGCAAGGAGGAAGAGGAGCGCAAAGCCAAGGAGGAGCGCGAAAAGGCCGAGAGAGAAGAACGCGAGAGGCAACUGCGCGUGGAGAGGGAGAGGCUCAGGGCAGAAAGAGAGAGGCAGAGAGAAAAGGAGCUGGAGGAGUGGCGCAGAGCAAGCAUCGCCACUGGUCAGCCCGACGCAGCUGUGCCGGCGAGAGCCGGUGCCGGCGCUGUCGAGAAGAAGCAGUUUCAGUUCACAGACUUUGACGACCUGGACGACGACGACGACGACGACUGA